UGAAAAAAAGCCGUCUCAGAGUGCAGUGAUGCACUGAAUCAAGCCCACAGUGACACUCAAACAAACCAUUAAUCACGGCAGGAACAGUCAGAAGAACAAAAAAUUUCAAACAUUUCUUUCAGUUCUAGUAGCGCUCUAUUUUGUUAUUAUAUAUGGUGGUAAUUUUGCGUGCUAGAUUUCUAUCACAGGAUGAGAGUAAACAAUAGGAUCAUUCAAGUAAGAAUUUUUGUAGACGCGUAUCUUAUGACGAAUUGCAUUAAAAUAUUCGCGGACAAUCAAUUGCAAUUUCCAUCUUAUUAAAACUUCAAGUUGGCUAACUGCACUCAGAAACGGUGAAAUAACCGGGUGUUGUUUAACGGUAUAAAUAACUGGUCUAUUUAUAAAAAUCUAAUAAUUUACGUAUAUUAAAUAGAAACUAGUUAAUACCACGUUGUUUCCAAAACAGAUGACCACACUGUGAGACUGUUUGCUCCCUACACUGUGUUUAAAUUUAAAAAAUAUAUAGUGUUCUUCAUCAGUGAGCUAUGUCUAAUUUAUUCAACCUGCUUGGUUGCAAAUUACGCCCUUUGUCAUACCGCUUGCACAAGUUAGUGCAACUAACAUCGCACUGGUGGCACACUUUCUUUAUUUUCAUUCCUGUUUCUGGUGUCCGGCUAAAAAGUAACAAAUGUUACAAAUUGCAUUCGUUAUUGCUUGAGUGUCCUUGUCUUCUCGUUGGUGCUAAAGAUAAUAGAUUGAUCAGUGAAAAACAGCUCCAUAAUAUUUUACAUCAUUCAACAUUUGUCUAAAUCAGGGACUUGAGUUUGAAAAAUGGCUGAACGGCAAAAUAUUUUAGGUGACUUCAAAGCCAAAGGGGUCACAAUGACAGAAAAAGUCGGCGUCUCGGAGAAUAAUGAAAUUAAAGGACGAGAAAGAUGGAGCCGAAAGAUUGAGUUUCUUCUCGCUUGUAUCGGUUUUGCAGUUGGCUAUGGAAAUUUUUGGCGAUUUCCUUAUAUGUGCUUUAAAAAUGGCGGAGGAGCUUUUCUAAUUCCAUAUCUAUUGUGUUUGGUAUUUGCCGGAAUACCCACGUUUCUAAUGGAGAUGAGCAUUGGCCAAAUGAUGCAGACGAAUGCCGUGAAAGCUUGGAAACGAAUAUGUCCUCUUUUUGGAGGAAUUGGCUACGCCAACAUGUUCAUAGCGUUCAUGGUAUCAAUCUAUUACAACGUGAUUCUUGCCUGGUCUUGCUAUUAUUUCUUCCAUUCCUUCAAAAGUAAUCUUCCCUGGGUUGGAUGUGAUCACGACUGGAAUAAAGAUUGUUUUAUUUAUAACAAGUCUAACCCAAAUGCCACUGGCGUCUCGUCGAGUAAAGAGUUUUAUGUUCACAAUGUACUGGAACUUACAGACAGUGUUGACAAUCCAGGAAAUGUGAACUGGGAAAUGUUCGGAUGUCUUUUACUUGCUUGGGUCCUCGUUUAUUUUUGUAUAUGGAAAGGAAUUAGGACAACAGGAAAGGUUGUCUACUUUACGGCUACAGCGCCGUAUAUAAUAUUAAUAAUAUUAUUCUUCCGUGGCGUGACGUUGGACGGGGCCAAAGAUGGAAUUUUGUACUUUGUCAAACCACAAUUUCACCGUCUUGGUGAUUUUAACGUAUGGGUGGACGCGGCAUCACAAAUUAUGUAUUCUCUAGCGAUUGGCCUCGGUGUGCUGCUAGGUUUUUCCAGUUAUAACGACAGAAAAAACCCCACAUUGUACAGGGAUGCGAUUCUAAUAUCAGUUAUCAAUUGUUCGACGAGUAUUUUUGCUGGUUUUGUUAUUUUUUCUGUUGUUGGUAACAUGGCAGCAUCUCAAGGGAAAUCAAUUGCUGAUGUCGCGUCACAAGGUCCCGGACUGGUUUUUAUUGUCUACCCAGAAGCCCUUUCGAAGUUACCGAUUCCACAAUUCUGGUCUGUUAUAUUUUUUUUGAUGUUGAUAACACUCGGCCUGGACAGUCAGUUUGGACAAGUUGAAGUACUAUGUGGAGUUAUAAUCGAAAAAUACCCAAAGAAACUUCGUCCUUAUAAAGAAUUAGUUGUUCUGGCAGUUUGUUUGAUCCUAUUUUUACUUGGAAUAUCCUGUGUUACCCAGGGCGGUGUCUACGUUUUUAAUCUCUUAGAUUCCUUUGCGGCUGGCGUAUGUCUUCUUUUUGUUGUUAUAUUUGAAUUAUCUGUCAUUGGAUGGGUUUUUGGUGGUAAAAAAUGGGUGGAAGAAAUCCGCAGUUUGACUGGAACAAAAAUCCAUUCUUGGUGGAUAAUAUGUUGGAAAUAUAUUUCUGUAGCGUUAGUCUUUGUGGUAUUCAUGUUCAGUCUGAUCAAAUACCCUGAAAAAGGUAUUACAUACGAGAAGAAAAGAUAUCCGGUAUGGGCUGAGGUUUUAGGUUGGUUUAUUGCCGGCGUACCAAUGUUCCUCAUUCCUGUCUACGCCAUAUGCAAGAUCAUUCGCACGGAUGGAACUUUAAAAGAGCGAAUCAACAUUUUGCUCCAGCCGGAAUUUGAUCUAGCAACCGUAUGCGACAGUAAUGAUAUCCAUUUAACUGGUUUUGUCAAGAAAAGCACGGUGUGAGAAAUGAUACAUUUCUCAAGUAAUUCAAGAUUAGAAUAUGAUUAGAAUGUCAUUAGAAUAUGUUUAGAAUGUGAUUAGAAUGUGAUUAGAACAAUUAGAAGUUUAGAACAGAAGCACCGUAGUUUUGUAGUUUCAUCGACAAUUGUACUAGUCAGAAUCAGAGUGAUACUGAUUUAAAAAGAAAGAAAUUAUUCAGUACAUCCUACAUUUCUACUUCAGUUGUGUUAUUUCUGGAUUUUGUCUGGCCAACUAACAGAAGGAUAUAUCUGGGGUGAAUGACUAAAAACUGACCCUAGCGAGUUAAAAAAACUUCUUAGGUUAAGCGAAAAAGUGGCAACCAGUGAACAACCAGCGAGUGAAGAAUGAUAUCUGAGUUUUUUACAAUGCAAUCCACAACCAGUGUUUCCAGUUAGUGUAUUUAUUCAAUGCAUCCAAAAAAAGUCUAUCAUUGUAUCAUUUGGGAUAAACUUCUCUGCAAUGAUUCUAUAUUUACAUUACCUGGUAACUAUCGACUAACGUUUCAUGCCGGAGUUGCCCUCAACUUUAGUUUAGACUAAUGAUAGUUAAGGUUUUUGGUAAAUUAAUCAAUCGUUACCAUUCACGUCUAUAACACUAACUUUGAUUUCGUUUGGAUUGAUUGUAUUCAACUUGAUGUUUUCUGUAAAUCGCAAAUUCGUGUUUUCGUCGUUAGCAUCUUUCAACGAGCUUCGCAUAGUUUGAUUGUGUCCACCGCACAAGGUCUGUGAAAAAGAGUUUUCAUCACAAGUGUGACGUCGUAUACCAAAUCUUGUUGGUCUCUUUAACUGUCUGUUGACCUGAAUCAAUAAUCAAUAAUGAAGAUUUCCACUCAUGUUCUGUCACAAUCUAUCAACCUAACUUUAUCCAACAUCAUACAGAUAAAUUUUGUUAUUCAUGAUUGCUUCGACAUUGUAAAGUACAAAAACACCAUACUCACCUCUUCAAACCUCUUGCACUUGAUGCAAGCUUGGAAUAUCAUCUUAAAAGAAUAGUUGAAUUCUCUGUUUCGGAACGAGUAAACAAACGGAUUGAGACAACUGUUGCUGUAAUGCAUCCAUUUUACAAACCGCCAAAGAUGGAUCCGUCCUUCAAUAGUUUUAGGCAGUGCUUGUGGAAGAUAACGAGCCAGAGCAAGAUAAACGAAGAAUGGAGACUAAGCUAUCACAAACAACCCUGUUACUAUUAACAAGGUUAUGAUGCUUUUACGUUGAUAACAGAUUCAAGUUACUGACGCAGAUCUCAGACACUGAAGAGUAUAUUGUGCCGGCUGCAAAGUAUCUCUCAUUGCCUUGUGGUUUAAUUCGUGGUGCUUUGGCUAACCUGGGAAUUCCAUCAAUUGUUGGUGCUGAGAUUACAACAAUGCCAAUAUGCAAAUUUACAAUCAAUAUCCAAAAACAUUAAAGUCUGG